AUGUAUGACUUCACAGAGUCGUUUCUUGACCCCGCACAACAAGUCUCUGCCUAUGACAUGAAUACCGACCAGCAUGGCAACCUGAACAAGCUUCUCGAUUGUGCCGUUGGUGCUGUCGUUGUCAAGCCACCGGUUUCUGGCACGCUCUACGAGACUAUGGAAGCUAUGAACAGGGUUCUGUCAGAUCGGCUUCGUAAUCCCUGGGCUGUGCCGAAUCCCCUGCGUCACUUUCGACUUGUCCUCGUCGGAAGUCGUCCGCCCAUCGUCAUGGAAAGAUGGCUGGCUUCAGUUUAUCAUCUUGGCCUUCGACUUACUGUUGUUGGAGCUCUAGUUCAGUGGCUACAACGGUCUGAUGCUCCUCCGGUUGUGGAACAAUACAUUUCUGUCGACAUGACUGGGGAUUCUCAACUCUCAGACCGGAUAUUGCAAGCCUUGACAUCGAACGGUCUAAGCUACGAUGGCAUUUCCACAUUCACAGACGCAUGCUUCGUCGCAACAGCUCAGACCGCGGAUAAACUCGGACCCCUGACUGCACCCUUGUGA